UAUAAGUCAGGCUCUGUAGAUGACGGACAUCAGAUCUCUAUUCUGCUCUCUCACAAACAACAUGCGGGCUGUCGUCUUCGUUACCCUCCUCGCCCUCGCGGCCGCCAGGCCCGACAAGCCUUCAGACAGCGACGAAGUCACCAUCGUUCGUGACGACCGCGUGUACCCCAGCGCCAGCGGCGAGUACAGCCUCGACUUCGAGACCAGCGACGGAACCCACAUCUCCGAGUCUGGUGAUGGCACUGGCCCCGAUGGCGCCGUCGAGUCCCAGGGAACCGUCCGCUUCGUCCACCCCGACGGUGAGAGCUUCGAGCUGAAAUACGUCGCCAACGCCGAGGGAGGAUACCAGCCCGAGUCCGAUGCCCUGCCCGUGGCUCCUGAAUUCCCCCACGAGAUCCCCCAGUUCGUCCUCGACCAGAUCGCCUUCGCUGCUCGUGAAGACGCUGAGCGCGACGAGAGUGAAUAAUAUCACAUAUUCAAUGAAUAUGUAAUCCAUUAUCAUUUUACGACGAUGCUGAUGUACAAGACUGAAUUUUAAAUCGAAAUUAGCAUUUCGAUUGCCGUACGAAACGACUUGUGUACAAUCUGUUAUGUUGUAUAUUUAUUAAAAUUCCAAUCUUAUGAAA